AUGAACGGCACCAAAGUUGGCCCGUCCGUGGCCGAUAUGGCCAACAUGUCCACCGAAGAGAGAAUGGCGGGGAUGGAACAUUCUGAAGUUCGCUACUUUACGAGUUACGAUCACCAUGGAAUCCACGAAGAAAUGCUGAAAGAUGAAGUCCGAACCCGGUCGUACCGAGACGCCAUCUACCAAAAUCAGCACCUCUUCAAAGACAAGGUCGUUCUUGAUGUUGGCUGUGGCACCGGCAUCCUCAGCAUGUUUGCCGCAAGGGCAGGUGCAAGACAUGUGAUUGGCGUGGACAUGUCCAGCAUCAUCAAUAAGGCAAGACUCAUUGUGGAGACCAACGGGCUCUCUAAGAAGAUUACUCUGCUGCAAGGCAAAAUGGAAGAGGUGGAACUGCCUGCUCAACAUCUGAACAACGGCAAAGUCGACAUCAUAAUAUCAGAGUGGAUGGGUUACUUCCUGUUGUAUGAGAGCAUGCUUGACACAGUUCUCUAUGCACGCGACAAGUAUUUGAGACCGGGUGGUAAGAUAUUUCCCGACAAGGCCACGAUCUAUAUGGCGGGCAUUGAAGACGGAGAAUACAAGGAGGACAAGAUCGGAUUCUGGGAUAAUGUUUAUGGAUUCAACUUCUCGCCUAUGAAAGAGAGCGCCCUGACUGAACCUCUGGUCGAUACUGUCGAGCUCAAAGCGCUGGUGACCGACCCAUGCCCAGUCUUCACCAUCGACCUCAAUACGGUCAAGCCGGCCCAGCUGGCAUUUUCGGAGCCAUUCCAACUCCGAUGUCAAAGAAAUGAUUUCAUCCACGCUCUUAUUGCUUGGUUCGAUAUUGACUUCACGGCAUGCCACAAGCCAAUCAGAUUCUCCACAGGCCCCCACACAAAAUACACCCAUUGGAAGCAGACCGUCUUUUAUCUGCGACAAGUUCUGACCGUGGAGGAAGGAGAAAUGGUCCAGGGCUUCCUUUCCAAUAAGCCCAACAGCAAGAACAGACGAGAUCUUGAUAUCAAGAUCGACUACGAACUCGAAACGUCAGACCCCAGACGAUCCGCUCGCGGGACAUGCGAGUACAGGAUGUAA